AAACCAUAUCAGUGAAGGAAGCUGAAUUUUCCGAGUUGCUUGGUACAAUUGUAUUUUCAGAGGAAGAAGCAUUUCAAUUGUAUAAUGAUUAUGCUUUUAGGAUUGGUUUUGGAGUUAGGUACUCUACUUUGAGAAAGAGGGAUGGUGGUUUUGGCUUUAGGGGAAGGGAGUUCUGCUGCACUAAACAAGGCUUAAAAAAAAAUAAAGGCGUUGUUGGGAAGCAAUUCACAAAAGUUGACAUUCGUACUAAUUGUAAGGCACGAAUUUAUUUUGAGAUAAAAUUUAGCGGUGAGUGGGUUGUUGUUAGACACCUUAUGGACCAUAAUCAUCAGUUUUGUCCAAACUCAUUAGUUCAUCACGUUAGAUCUCAUCAUUCUAUUUCUUCUAAUGAGUUAGAUUACUUGCAUCAUUUGAAAAAACAAGGAGUCAAGAUAGCUGAUGGAUUUCGAUGUUUGCAAGCGGAAGCAGGUGGAUCUCCUUCGGUUGGUUUUCUCUUGCGUGAUGCAUAUAACGAAUUGACAAAACAGGAUGGUUUGUGAAUACAAAUGUUCUGAUAAUCCUUUGUUAACCAAACUGUACGAGAUGAGAGAGAAAUGGUGUCCAGCUUUUUCAAAGCAGUUCUUUUCUGCUAGAAUUUUGUCUUCACAACGAAGCGAGUCCACGAAUAACUCAAUAUCUAGAAAACUGAAUGCAAACUCGUGUCUUUGUGACUUCUACCAUUUUUUCAGUGAAAGUGUGAGUCAAUGGAGAAGUAAUCAGGGUAAAGAUCAGCAACGUUGUUGGGAUGGUUUUCCGGAAAUUGCCAUUCCUUUUGUUGGUUUGUUACAUAAAGCCUCCAAGGUUUACACGAUUGAUGCGUAUAAACUGUUUGAGAAAGAAUUUCUACGAGGUAUGUCCCUGAAAUAUGAACUUAGACAUCAACAAGGUUCUUUGAUGUCAUAUUUGGUAUGGAUGCCUCAAAUAGAUAUAUUUUCACAUUGGGUUUCUUUUGAUAUGACAACACAUUUUGUUAAAUGUUCAUGUGAGAAAUUCUCAGAAGUUGGUAUUUUGUGUUGUCAUAUUCUUCGUAUAUAUCAUAUUCACUGUGUAGAAGUUAUACCGGAUUGUUAUGUUCUGAAACGUUGGACGCGUAGUGC